AUUCACUACCAAUAAACACAUUGAAAAACUAAAGAAACAAAAUUCUUAUAGUCCUUUAAAAUAUUUAUUACAUAAAUUUCGUUUACAGUACAAUAUUAUUAGUACUGCUGUAAUAAUGCUUUACAGACAACAUGAAUAUUUCGUUAACUGGUGAUGAAUAAACAUACAGUAUGUGAGACGUAGUAUACGCGUAGACUUCCGUUCAUCACCUCUUCUCGACUAGUCAACAUCAUCUCAACGAUACUAUUUAAUCAGAAUCAUCAUAAUCAUAAUAAUAGUAAUGAUAAAUGCCAAGCAUAAUGCUUAGAUGAAUAUUCAAGUCAUGGGUGUUUCAGUAGUCAUUUUUUAGCUGUUAUCAUUAUUCACAGCCUAGUCAACAUCGUUAACACCUCUACUCACAAGUACAAAUAAAUAUAGAGGUGUAUUGGAAAAUAUUAACCGAUUAAAAAACCACUGAUUGAAAAGGAAAAAAAGAGAAACAAAAAACACAUCCUCAUGUUCUAAUUUCACAGGAAUAACCGAUACAUGCCAUUCUAACAAACUGAGAAUCAUAUAUAUAUAAAAUACAGUUGAAUAUACCUUGGAUAUGUAUUUACUGCUAACAAGGAUUUCUGUUGAAUGCUGAAUAAACCAGUGGUUACUCUUACCGCAGAAGAAACUUUAUAAAUACAUCAAAACUCUAACUUUUAUUACAUUCAUCACUUCUUAAAGUGUACAUUACGCGCUUGACUAAAAAAUAUCUCUGAUGCAUUUAAUUACCGAUGAUACCUUUCACUUUCAACUGUCAUUCAUAAAAAGGAAUGAUUCAGGAAUAUUACAGUAAUGCCAAGACGAAGACGUUCCUCACCGGCGAAUACUACUACGACAACGAAUACGAAUACCACUACCACUACGACUGCUGUGAGUAAUAAUAAUAAUAAUAGUAAUAAUAAUGGAAGAGCAAUAAAUACAUCUACAAGUCAUCAACACUAUCAAUAUCAUAAUCAUCAUUCAACACAUAAUAAUAAUAAUAAUUCCAGUAACGCUUUAAGAUUUCGUGGAGGACGAAGUGUUGAUACAAUCUCACCUCUCAAUCAUCAUCAUAAUCGAUCUCAGGAUACACAAGAAACUCAAGAUUGUCAUGUUUCAUCGACAACUACUAAUUUAAUGCAAGAAAUUCAAAGUCAUCCACUUUAUCCCCUGUUGGCUUUGUUAUUACAACAAUGUGAAAUAGCUACAGCUAGACCAGAUUCACCACCUCCGCUGGACACUUUCACUACAGAGCUGACUUCAUACAUUCAACGUCGGAUAGAACAACAACACCAACAGCAACAACAACAACCACAGGAUGAAGAAGUCGGAGAGACUGAUGAUUUAAAACCAACUACAUUAAAAUUAAGUAAUCGCCGUGAGAAAAAUAGCAAAAUUAAUGAAAAAUUUGGAAGUACAGAAGAUUUAGGUAAUCGUAAUAUUGAGACUACUUCUGCUUUAACAACAGCUGAUAUUCCAAUGACUACAAAAACUACAGGGACUACAAAUACAACAUCUAGUAAUGCUAAUCACAAAACAAAUUCAACACUGCAUACACGAAAUAACAAUGAACGUUUCUCAGCGCAUAAUAAAUUAAACAAUGAAACAUCUUCACAACUUUUAGACAAUACUGACAUUCCGUUUCAUAAAUCAACAGGAUGUAGUAAAAUGAGCAGUGAUAAAAAUAAUAAUAAUAAUUCAGAUCACUUAACAAAUGAUAUAUCUGAUAUAUCAAAACAAAAUUGUACAUUUAAUGAUGAAAGAAAAUAUCAAUUUCUGAGUAACAAUUCAGAGUUAGAUGAAUUGAUUGUAAAAGCUAUACAAGUGUUGCGUAUACACUUAUUGGAGCUGCAUAAAGUUAAUGAACUUUGUAAAGAUUUCUGUUCCCGGUAUAUUUAUAGUUUAAAAUCGAAAUUUCAAUCAGAUCCUUUAAUCCAUGACUCACAACCAUCUUCACCAGGCGAAUCAGAGGCACUUUCUCCAAUGGCAGCAUCAGGUUGUUACAAUCCCCGUUAUCAUCAUCAUCAUCCUAUGUUAGGAUCAAAUUUCCCCUAUCAUCCUGGAUCAACAGAUAUGAUUCCACCAGGCUAUCGACGUCAUUUAUCUGGUCGACUCGAUGAUGAUUCUCUGUGUGGUUCAUCCGAUGUAGAAAAUCCUCGAUCAGGUUGUCUGCAUUCCAAUUCAUUACACAAUCUUAAUCGUACAGGUUAUGAUAUGCAAGGAUCAUGUUAUAAUACAAAUUUUCAUACAGUUGAUUAUAACUCUCCUUAUUUUAUGGAUAAAUCUAUGAUACAAGAGGAUGGUUCAGUAUCUUGUGAUGAAUCACUUUCACAGCUUCAUUCAUUCCUUUCACCGUAUGGUGGUUCAUCUACGCUGAGUAGUGCAGCUUUUCAUGCCAGUUUAGAUGGGUUAUGUGUUGGUGGGAAACAAAAACGUGGAGUAUUGCCUAAAAGAGCUACACAGAUUAUGAAACAAUGGCUAUUUCAACAUCUUGUACAUCCAUAUCCAACAGAAGAUGAAAAACGACAGAUUGCGAGUCAAACAAAUUUGACCUUGUUACAAGUAAAUAAUUGGUUCAUCAAUGCUAGACGACGUAUUCUACAGCCGAUGCUUGAUUCUUCAAAUUUUGUACCACUUGGAAAUAAUUGUAACAGUGUUGAUGGAUCAUCUGAUAGAAUGUCAGGCUCGAUUGGUUCAAGUGAAACACAUGUUAUUAGUAAAAAGAAAAAAGCUGCAACAAGCAGACCUUCAAAUAACCGUUUCUGGCCGGCGAGUUUAGUCGCUGCAGCUGCUAUACACCCGGCAGCCGCUGGUUUAGUAUCUUCUGGCAGCAGCAGUGGUUUCAGUGCAGCGAUCAAUUCCACGCUCAACAGCACCAGUAACAGUAAUGCUGCUAUUAACACUACUACAACAAGUUCUGCACGAUCUGAUUGUCAUACAGCAGAAACACGACCUAGUUCUUUAGAUGAAGUGAAUAGUGAUACAUCAGUAAAUUCACUAUCGAAACAUCCAUCCAAGUGUGGUUAUAUUCCUCAAAACUAUGAAUCAUUAUCAUUGCCUAACAGUUCUGAAGAAAAUCAUACCUACGAUAAUAAGUUAUCCUCUGAUCUUUGGAAUCUUGAUACACGUACAGAUUUAUUUAAUUCACACAAAUUCUAUUCCACCCUACAGUCGGGUUUACCUUCAAUAAAAAUGAGAUCAAAUGCAAAUGAUAAUAAUCUUGCCGGUGGUACUGGAAGUAUAUCGGAUUCCUCUACUUUAUCAAGUCAAAAUCAUUCAUUCCCAAUAGAUGCAAAUCAGUGUUUAAGUCAAUUCAGUUCAACAACUGCUAUUGGAACAGAUCCAUCACAGAUGAUAUCUGGAAAGUAUGAUCCCAUGCACCAUGAGAAUUUAAAUGUAAAACAAUCAGAUGAGAUUGUCAAUAAACACAUGACUUCAUUAAUGAUGUCAUCUUCGUGUUCUAAUUCAAAAGAAACAGAUCAGGGCACAGACACAUUACAACAACAACAACAAAUACACACUGACGGGGUAUCGGAUAAGAGUUUUUCAUUAAAUAAACCAGUGGACUGUAAAUCAUUAUUUAUUAGUAGUAAUACCAGUAAUAACAACAACAAUAAUAAUAACAUACCUUCUAGGAGUGAAGUGAGUACAGAUAAUAUUAGCCUAAUAGUUGACAGGAAUUUUCGUGAAUUCAAUCCAGUCCUGUCGAAUAUAUCAGUGGAUUCCAAUGAAAGUAAAGGGAACAACAGCCUAGAAAAUGGAUUAUUGGAUACAAACUUAAUGAACACUGAUAACCCUAGUGGUAGAGAGUUUUCAGCCAUUUCAAAUGGUGAUAACACCACCUAUGGAUUAAGAUCACAGAAUGAUUUAGCAAUGACAAUGAUGAUGAUGAAUUCAUCAGCAUCGAACUAUCCACAGAAUUAUUCCUCUAUGCUGUUAUCUCAUGCACAGACUUAUUCAAAUUACUUGUCUAAUAGCAUGAGUAUGUCAAGCAAUUUGUUACCUUUUGAUAUUCAUAACAAUAAUAAUCCUAAUUAUAAUCAUGGUAAUAAUGCAAGUAGUCAUUUCAACCAGUUAAACUAUACAUCUCAUACAUAUCCUAAUAUUGCUAAUCUUACAACAAGACAAAGUUCCGGAUUUAAUCAAACCGCUAAUUUUCCCAUAUCAAAUUUAAACAAUUCAUCUACUCCUGAUCCUGGUGGAUCACAACAACAAUCCUCACAUCAACAUUCUAAUCAAUCUCCAUCUAUACAACAUAAUAAUAUAGAAGUAUCAGAUGUUAUUUCUGAGCAUUGGUCACGUCUUACAGAUACAUCAUCGUGUAGCGGCCAAUUUAAACAUAAUUUAAAUUCAAUGAAUCAUCAUUCAUUUCCUACACAGUGGACAAAUAAGCUAAAAGAGUUUAGCUCGUCUACCCUACAGAAUCAUAUUAAUGCGGAGUGUUUAUCUGCUUCAUCCGAGGAUAAUCCACAACGACAUCAACAUGCUAAGCAAUCGCAUCAUCCUCACCAUCCUCAUCAUGGUCAACGUCAUCAUCAUCAUCCUCUACACGACAGUCAACAUCAUAAUGAGUCAGAUGGUGGUCAACAAUUUCUAGACUGUUUAAGAAGUUCCAGUCUUUUAAGUCGUAAUGAUGAAUCCAGUGAGGAACAGUUAUCAGGCGUACACACUUCUGGUCAAAUGUUUUAUAAUCAUCCCAGUGAUAUAAAUAAUAAUAAUAAUUCGAAUUAUACACACACUGAAUCAAGUUUACAGGAUGCAUUGAAUUCCAAGUCAAUUUAUCCUAUACCAUCAUACGAUCAUAAUCAUCACCAUCACCAUCCGCAUCACCAUCAACAACUUCCUCACCAUCCUCUUCAGUAUAACAGCACAAUCCCAUUUGGUCAUAUCACUAAUAUGAAUAAUGACAAUACGAGUAAUUUCAAUACCAUGGAAUGCACUGACACUAAUGAUAAUAAUACAAGCCAUAAUGAUAAUAAUAAAACAAGUGUAUCAUUCUUUAAAUCACCGCCAAUGAAUAAACCAAACUCUAAUUAUAUCUAUCCUAAUUCAUAAGUUAUCAGAAUUCCCCCAACUCCUCCGCUCCCCCCCCCCCCCUUUGCCCGCCAGCUAAUGAUCACAAACUUUCUAAGCUUUCUUCAUUUCAUAUUUGUACAUAAUUGAAUAUAUUUACAUAUACAUAUACAUAUAUAAUAUUUCUAAGAGGAAACUUAUUAUAUGAAUUUAUCUGUUUUGAUAGUAUUUUCAUCUUGAAGUAAGGCAAAAAAGUUGUUAUUUCUAUUACUACUACUACUACUAUUACUACUACUGCUAUUACUACUACUAUUACUACUACUACUACUACUACUAC